AUGGAAAUCAUUACAAAGAGGUUCUACUCAACGCUUUUCUGCUCGUCAACUCCUGUGUCAACCCCAGUCAUUCCUACUGGCAAAGUCCCACCACGGAUUCUCCUUUCGGGCGUACGAGUAGCUAUCAAGAGCAUGAAACCUGACACAGCCCCAGGACAUGACUUUAUAUCAAGGGACUUUCUUCAGGCUGGUGGCCAUCCGCUUCAUGCACGUGAUGUCCUAUCUUCAGAAAAAAGGAUCCCAGGCCAGUGGAAUACCUCCCGCACCGUUCUUAUUCAUAGGAAAAGAGGACCUUCGGAACUCCAGUGCGAUAACCUUGCUGAGCGUGUUAUACAAAAUGUCCACUAA